UAGAGUUACCGUGUUGCGGUGUCCAACCAAACGAUACAUUUCCCACCACAUUUUACAUGUUUAGUCGUUCGCUACAACAACGUCGAUUAGCACACAAGUUUGAAUAUACCAGCAAAACUUGACGUUAUAGCUUUAGCUAAUGAUCAUCUCAAAUCCGCACGGUAAAAUCUUAUCCUGUGUACCUCUUCAGUGAAGUUUGUGAAUAUCGCCCAGCUAAGAAUAGUGCAAUUUAAGCCCUUCGAUAGUGUCCUACUACGGUUACGCGUUUCAAGUUCCAUGGUGUUUACGUGCUCGAUUAUCGAUUUUCAAUCAGUAACAAUUUACGAUGAAAGGCCUAAUUUAGUGCGAUUCACGAUAGAAUGUGCAAAUCAAAAGGAUAUAUUGAUACCAGAAAUAGAAAAUUAAGUUUGAAAAGGCUGCAUAUACAAUGAGUGAAAGUGUUUCGCCGUGUCACCUCACUAAACAGUUGUAAAAUUUAGGAAUACAGUGUGGGUCUAUAGCAAGCAUCUACAUGUUAAACGUGAAAAGAUUAAAUCCUCCACAAAACUGUUCACCAUCAGCUGGAAAAUCAGAUAAAUUGAAAAAUCAACCAUCGAUCGAAGCCAAAACCAUAGUGGCAGGCUGUAUGGACAAAUGGUUUGGAGAAAAACGACUGUGGUUGUUUGGUAACCAUUUGCCAUUACUACCUAGAAGUAAUCUUCCUUUCAGAUGGACCUCUGGGGACUCAAGCGCGGGAAGUGCCCUGAAAGCAUUAGCAGAAAGAUCACGUGGAAGCAGCAGAAUGGAUCGAUACGAGAAACUUAGCCGCUUGGGAGAAGGAUCCUACGGAGUUGUCUACAAGUGCCGUGACCGUGACACAGGGUCAUUAGUUGCGGUUAAGCGAUUUGUGGAAUCCGAGGAUGAUCCAGCGAUAAGGAAAAUAGCCCUACGAGAGAUACGCCUGUUGAAAAAUUUGAAGCACCCCAAUUUAGUAUGCCUGUUGGAAGUGUUUCGACGGAAACGAAGACUGCAUUUAGUGUUUGAAUUUUGCGAACAUACCGUGCUGCACGAGCUAGAGAGACAUCCGGAGGGCUGCCCAGAUAAUCUUACAAAACAGAUUACAUUUCAAACCAUCCAAGGAGUUGCAUAUUGCCACAAGCAAGGUUGUUUGCAUCGUGACAUCAAACCUGAAAAUAUUCUUCUAACAGCCCAGGGUCAAGUAAAGCUGUGUGAUUUCGGAUUCGCUCGGAUGUUAAGCCCUGGAGAAAACUACACAGACUAUGUGGCCACUAGAUGGUAUAGAGCACCAGAGUUGCUGGUUGGCGACACACAGUACGGAACGCCCGUGGAUGUGUGGGCUAUUGGGUGCGUGUUUGCCGAAUUGGUACGAGGAGAUGCACUAUGGCCAGGAAGAAGCGACGUCGAUCAGCUUUACCUGAUACGGCGCACUCUCGGCGAUCUUCUACCUCGGCACCUAGCAAUAUUCAAUCAAAAUGAAUUCUUCAAGGGUAUCACACUACCAGUUCCUCCAACGCUCGAACCACUGGAAACUAAGAUGCCACAACGAACGCUAUCCAACCCUAUGAUGAUGGACUUUCUCAAGAAAUGUCUUGAUAAGGAUCCUGCAAAGCGUUGGUCAUGCGAAAGGCUUGUUACACAUUCUUACUUUGAGGACUACGUCAGCAAGCAGAAGGAGAUUGAGCAAACCAUCACCUUGGAAAAUCAAAAGCAAAGUAAUCGAGAGUCUAAAUCGAAGAUCUCCAACACUUCGUUACCACAAUUGCCGGCGACGCAAGAGUCUCGAGUACCGCAGAAGAACCUUUACCUUCGUUCCGAUCACCAUUUACCAACCAUUUAGAUAUUAGUACGCUUUCGUGGAUUUAUACGGUGUUCUAGGGUAGAGAACUUAUUUUAAAAUAUUCUUUCGCCUAUUGUGACGUUCAACUAAUUCUACUAAUAGAAAUGAUAGCAUUAAUGUUGAGCGUUUACUUUGCUUACUUUAUAUACGAGAGAAAUGGAACGAUUGGAAGAAGCCAAUAUUAACUAUGUGAAUGCAAUGUAGUAUGGAACAUACCAGUGUGUGUAUGUUUUCAAAAUGCUACAGUGAAAUAAAUGAGAAAUAAUUAUUCAAAA